AUGUCCGGCAGCUACGUCUUGAUCCAGUUUGGCAACGAUCCGUUCAACCUGCGGUUUGAGGACCUCGAAGGUCGGCCCGCGUUCGCUAUAUGUCAGCUUGAUUUACAGGCGCCCAACGCCAUUGUCAAGGUCGCCAGAGAGCCGUCAUGGAGCCAACAUCAUCCGGAGGUUAUGGGCCCCAGCAACGCUUUCCUGUACUUCGGUCCUUCUAAGACACCGGGAUACUUGGCAUAUGGAAAUGACCCGACCACUCACCCCAUGGUUUCUGCACUGAAGCAAAAGAAGGAUACCAGCAACUCACGAUAUUUUCACGCACAAAACGGCAAAGAAUUCAAAUGGAGGCUGGGGCCACAACGAAUGGAGUGCCUUAGCGGUAGCACCAUCGUCGCCGUCUGGGAAACGGGAUCGCUGUCGAGCGGCAUCGACUCACGAAUGACGAUUAAACAAGCAGGUCUACCGACCGUUACGGAGAUCAUGACUACUUUUGCCCUGAAUCGUAUAGCCCAGGCGCUGAAUUGGCCUGUGGCAUUGCAGAGAAUCGGCAACACGAGCCCUUGAUCGGCCUUGCAUCUCUUCUCCCGUUUCUCUCUGUAGCAUAGACUCUUGACUCAUUCGACCUUCUCCCGGUCAUGUCCGCAUUGGCUGGCGUAUUACUAUCUCUCCCUCGCUCCCUCCUUCAAUCAUGUACCACCAACGCACGGCUCAAACACCACGUCUUGUCUCCCAGUCGUUCAACGCUAUCACGUUACUAUUGUAUCUCUCCC